AAGCCGCGCUCAGCUCUCUGUGGUCUCGGAUCGGGAGUCCUGACGGCCUAUCGUUACUCAUACGCCAAAAACGACGAACGUCUGAGAGUGGUCAGUGAUUUCAUGAACCUCCUCUUUCAUCUGGAUAAUGGGGUGAGGAGGACGGGAAUGGAGGAAUUGGCGGACCCGGUCACGAACGCAGUUUGGUUCCCUGAGAGGUACUUGUCGACGAGUGCGUUGGGGAAACCUCGCUCAGAGGAGGAGUGUAGUGCGGGAAAGCUUGCGCGAGACUUCUGGCAACGGUGUGUGAAACACGCGAAACCAGGACCUCAAGCACGCUUCAAAGAAUCCCUUGCCCCCUUCUUCGAAGCCAUACAUUGGCAGUCGCAGUAUCGAGACGCCGGUGCUAUUCCAGACUUGGAGCCUUACAUUUAGUUGAGGCGCAAUAUAAGUGGCUGCAAACUUGUGUUUGUCAUCGAGU